UGCAGUCUCUAUCGACAUACUCCAGUGCCUUCGGAAUGAGACCUUGGGAUGCGCGCAGUAUCAGGCAAUAGUUAAAGGCCUGGAUCUGGAAUUUAAAAAGAUGAACCACAGUACCCAAGAGGAAGUCUACAGUGCUUUCCAGCUUCCUUACCUGAAAGGGUUAAACGUUGCAGGAUCAGCUUGUGUUGAUGGCCUUAACACCAGCACUGCUUGGCUAACGGCCAACUUUAGAAACUUCAGCAGACACGCUGCAUAUCACGACUUGCUCUCUCUGAACUCCAGAUUUAAUGGGUUCGAUGUGCUCAGUAGUUUGACAGUGAAGCAGCGUGCGCAGUUAUCAGCCACCCAGGGGACCUUGCAGACCCCCGAAGAUGUUCAGAGACUGAUGAGUUUUGUGACCACCUCUACAGUAACCGAGUACAUCGAUGAAUUGAACAGACAGGCCAACCUGAGUCUGAAGGGGGACAUCAGAGCCACGCUGCUACAGCACAUCCUAGCUGCAGCCCAGCCAAUAUUUCAGAAGGCAGAUGAUGCUGAAUUCGUGCACUGGAUGGAUCCUCGCCUUGCAGGCUUGAUCUCAGGACUGAACAGCACCCAUGUCCCACUCGUUUUCAACGGUCUAGAAUCUAGAAACUGCUCUGCCAUCAAUGCUGUAGUAACUGUGCUUAAUAGCUCCAUCACCGACUUCAGCAACACCACGCGACAGAGCAUUUACCGCGGGAUACUGAACGUGACAGCCGGUUCCUCCCUACGGUGCUACACCACAAACACUAGCUUCACCGUGUAUCUAAGAGAGACGUUUCAGGGCUUUGCUGCUUUUCUGAAUCUGAGAGAUCUUGCCUCCAUCGUUCCAGCAUCUGAAAUCCAAACGAUUGUGAAUACAAUGGCCCCAGCUGCACUGGCUGAUUUGUUAUCCAGUUCUGACUUUCUCAAUGACAACAACUUCCUGACCGUUCUUCUGAAGAACUAUAAAAGGAGAGGGGCCUUCAUUGACCUGUUUAACCAGAGGAGCAUUAUGGACACCCUCCCAAAUGACACCAGGACGGCCAUUCUGGCUGGCGUGUGGCCUGCAGUGUUGAGGAGUGACAACGAGACAGUGGUGGACACGUGGCUCAGUGCACGUCUGUCGCAAUAUUUCAGUUUUAUCCAAGGCAACAUACUGAACUUCAGCGGGACCCGGAAUGCCAGCUGCACAGCGUUCCGCACAAUCGUGGGCAAACUGAGCAAUAACAUUACAGCUUUCAAGGUCAGCCAGCAAGAGAUCUAUAAUUUCACCAAAGACUAUCUCACCGCAACAAGUGCUAGACCCAGAUGUUACAAUGCCAGUGACCCACGCACAGCAAAUUGGUUUGCUGCUUACCUUGGGCGUUCCAUCCGCUACAGCAGUGCGGACGAUGUAAGAUCAUUCAUCAACAACAACGCAACACUUCUCCAGGAUCUAGCCAUAAACCCAGACAACCUGAGACUCAUCAACCACACAAGAAUCCAUAAGGACGUAGCAGAGCUGUAUGCCACAGCGCUGUUUGCCAAGAAUUCAAACUUCAGUCUUGUCAACCUUCCAGACCAGCUCCUCUGCUUUGCCAGACAUUCUACCGCAAUACGCCUGCUCAACUCCAGUGCUUCACUGAGCAUCAUUGCUAGGAUAAACCUCUAUUGUGUCCCUUCAAACGCAUCAGAACUCAAAGACCCCUUUACCACUGACCGCCAGCUUGCAACUAUGCUCGUAGCUCAGAUCACUACGUUUGAUGCAAGGACCCUGGCUGCUUUGGGGCAGCAAGCCGUGGGGCUGACCUCCGGGCAGAUUUUAGAACUGAGAGCUCAGGAUAUAGCAGAUCCACUGGCCUUGCAGUCGCUUGGACAAGUCAACGGCUGGGAUAGGGGACAAUCUCAAGGGCUGAUGAAUAAGUUAAUCAGCAGUAAUUUCACGUUUGAUACGGCAGAGGCGUUUCAGAGACUUGGAAGGUUGGUGCCAGGCCUCCCCAGUCGCGUCUUCAGUAACAUCACAGCAGACACUGCGAUGAAGAUGGCUAAGAAUGCCAAUUUCCAUAGAGCCAUCAAGAAGGCUCCUGGCUAUUUAAAGAGAGCUUUUGUGGCCAAGAUCAUCUCCAAUUCCUCAUCGCUGAAUGACAUUUUAAAUAACGUGCCAGAUGAUUUGGUGGACCAGGUUCCAAUCCCAUUGUUGGUGUUUCGAGACGAGCUCCUAGAUCUUCGCAAAAUCAAUGAGAAACAAUGGACUCCAGAGCAGGCAGCUGUGUUUUUUGUGGAUGUAUUGAAUGCUACCGAUAAUUACGCUGACCUUUCAGCAGCAGUGCUGCAAGGUUUCCAGUGCGGCGCAGCCAGCAGACUGUCGCCUGACAAGAUCUCGUCGCUGGUGGAACACGUGAAAAACAAAACCGCCACGCUGAGCGCUCACCAGUUAUCCUGCAUGGCCAAAAUACUAGCUGCAAAGAACUUGACAGCAAACUUCACCAGCUACCCGCCAGACGUGCUGCUCUUCUUUGAUUUCACCCAAGUGCAGAAUCACACCUGCAAAGAGUUUUACAGUCUGGCUUCCCAAGGGAAUCUAAACCUGCUGCCAAAUGGAUCGGCCCAAAGAACACAACUCCUGAAUAAUGCAUUAGUGUGCCUGGGCAGGGUGAAUAACACACUGAGCAAGGAACAGCUUAGCAGCCUCGGAGCGUUGCUGUGUGACAUGGAUCCAGCAGCCAUCACAGACUCCGACCCUCAGAUCCUGGAGAAUCUGAAGCUCUGUCCAGAUCUAACAGGGGCCCAGAAAGCUGCUCUCAACGCUCUCCUCAGCAGUGGGGAAAGCCAGGACGGGGCUCCUUUAUCAUGGGAUUUAGGGAGUUUGCAGAGUCUUGGAUCGCUCACUUUGUAUCUGAACCGAACAACUUGGAGGUCAGUCAAGGAGGGUGUGAGAAAGGCCUUCUUCAGAAGUGUUGUAGCUGGGUACCAAACCCAAAGUGCAUCUCAGAAGGAGAAAACCAUGCUUCUCUUAAAAUCUAUUGGAUCCGCAUCACCUUCAUCUUCCAGAUCUAAACGUGCCACUGAACAAUGCAAGUCUGAACCUAUCACCGCCAGCACCAUCCAAGACCCCCUCUUCAUUGUGUAUUAUGACACUAAGGGGCAAUUUGAUGCAUGCUUGAGUAACGAGGUUUUGAAAGCCAACCUGGUUCCAUUGCUGGAGCAGCCUCUCACAGAGGAGUACCUUGAUGUCAUGAAAAGAAAACUCAGUGAGAUUUACCCCGCUGGGAUCCCAGAGGACCAGUUAAAGCUGUUUGGUCAGUUAUCACGCCGCUACGAUGAGAACGAGAUCGGCACGUGGAGAGUGACUUCCAGUGACACACUAUCAGCCUUACUGGAUCCAGCAGGCGGACGCUGGAAGGCAUCUGGGGCCAAGCAACUGAUCACUAGAUACACGGACUUGGGGGGCACCUUAACUGGACCCUUACUUCAGAAAAUUGGUGGUAGAGAUCUGUGUGGGCUGGAUGAUGAUCAGAUUAAUAAAAUAAGCCCAGAAGCAAUUGGGACUGCUGGGAAAUUAGACAUUUCUUCUUGUUCACAAAGCAAGAAAGACCGUCUGUAUGCAAAAGCCCGUGAUGCCUUUGCUAGCCAAACUGGAACCAGUGCUUACUACCCUUUAAUUCAGCCAUAUUUAGGUGGAGCUCCAAUAAAGGACCUGGAACACUUAGCAGGAUCUAAUAUUGCCAUGGAUAUCGACACAUUUACUUCCUUAAAACCCAGCGAACUGCAGAACCUCAGUGUCCAGAAUGUGAAAAAUUUGCUUGGUGUAAACCUCCCUGAUCUAAAACGAGCUGAAAAUCAUCCAUCCGUGAGCAGCUGGAUCCAGAGGCACUAUCAAUCAGAACUGGACAGCGUCCUGGGCAUCGGUCUGCUCGGGGGAAUGUCAGAGCCAGUCUCAGAGGCAACUGCUAGCAGUGGGACUUCCGCUACCCCUGAUACCAGCACCACCCCACCGACCACCACCUACAAUGUCACCAUCCCCCACGAAACCACCUCCCCACCUGCUAUCAUCACCCCCCUUGCUACCAUCCGCAAUACCACUACUACACACAUCAUCACUUCCCCACUUGCUACCACCGACAAUACCACCACCACCCACAACACCACCUCCCUACCUGCCACCACCUACAAUGGCACCAUCCCCCACGAAACCACCUCCCCACCUGCUAUCAUUGCCCCACUUGCUACCAUCCACAAUACCACCACCACCGACAACACCACCUCCCCACCUGCUACCACAUACAAUGACACCAUCACCCAUGACAUCACUUCGCUACCUGUUAUGAUCACCCCACUUGCUACCAUCCACAAUACCACUACUACCCACCACACCACCUCCCCACCUGCUACCACCUACGAUGACACCACAACCUACGAUGACACCACCACCCACGACACCACUUCCCCACCAGCUACCACCUACAAUGACACCAUCCCCCACAACACCACUUCACUACCUGUUAUGAUCACCCCACUUGCUACCAUCCACAACACCACUUCCCCACCUGCUACCACCUACAAUGAUACCACCACCCACGACACCACUUCCCCACCUGCUACCACCUACAAUGACACCACCACCCACGACACCACUUCCCCACCUGCUACCACCUACAAUGACACCACCACCCAUGACACCACUUCGCCACCUAUGAUCACCCCACUUGCUACCAUCCACAAUACCACUACUACCCACAACUCCACUUCCCCACCUGCUACCACCUACGAUGACACCACAACCUACGACACCACUUCCCCACCUGCUACCACCUACAAUGACACCACCACCCAUGACACCACUUCGCCACCUGUUAUGAUCACCCCACUUGCUACCAUCCACAAUACCACUACUACCCACAACACCACUUUCCCACCUGCUACCACCUACAAUGACACCAUCCCCCACAACACCACUUCCCCACCUGCUACCACCUACAAUGACACCACCACCCACGACACCACUUCCCCACCUGCUACCACCUACAAUAACACCAUCCCCCACAACACCACUUCGCUACCUGUUAUGAUCACCCCACUUGCUACCAUCCACAAUACCACUACUACCCACAACUCCACUUCCCCACCUGCUACCACCCACAAUAUCACCAUCCUACCUGCUACUAUCCACACUACCAUCUCCCCAACUGCUAUUAUCACCCCAACUAGCAUCACCCACAAUACCACCUCCCUACCUGGUCCCACCCACAACACCACCUUCAUCACCUCCCCCAAGAAGCCUGUCACUUCCUCCCAGCCCACCCCAAACUCCACCUCCCCAUCUCCCAUCACCUCCACAUCCACCCAAAAGACUGUCCUCACCCCAGCUUCCAGCACCACAACAUCCACUGGCAAGUCUACCCCUACCUCAAUAGCUACCACUCCCACAAGCCCUGGCAAGACGGCUGUUCCCCCUGCACCGGCCACCACCGUGUCUUCCACAACCAUGAUCACCCCCAAGACAGACACUAAAAAACCAGCUACCAACACGACAUGGCCACCAAAGCCAUUACCACCAGGAUACAUCAUUCUUGAACCGGUCACCGCGUCAGGAUCCAAACCAGCUUUCCGUUUGCUGCAUGCCAUCUCCGUUACCAUCGGAAUCUCCUUGUUGAGCAGGGUUCUCUAAUGCCACCGUCACAGGCUCUGCCUCCACCACGUUCCUCCUUCCUUUAAUUCCUCCCCUGACCCAAACCAGCUGAGAUGGCAGCUGCAGACGUUUCAUAUCCCCCCCAAGGGAAGCAGCGACGCCAUGAAAAGCAAAGACGCACAGUAGAUCAAGCAGCUGUAGCACCGUCACUCUUGAGUCCCUGGAGCAAUGCAAUCAUCCCGGAGAAAAGGGAAAGCACAUUAGCACUACGCCAAACAGCACACUGUGGGUGUUGUCGCUCAGCGGUUCAGAGAGAAGAGCAGUACAAGAAUCUCACACCAGGACCAGGAGCAGCAGCAUGCAGAAAAUCCCCAAAGGACCCUUCCUAUUGGCUCCCUUUGCCCCAUCCAUGGGUAUGCAAAGCCUUCUCCAGCUGAUCUCCCAAGGCCAAGCCCUUCUCAGGAGCAGCACCCGAUGCCUACGCUGCAUCUCCUUGGUCAGCAAGGGUGAAGCCAGCCCAUAGGGUUACCUGGAGGAAAGUCCAGUUGUGGGGAAGGUUGCAGGGGGUAAAGGACACGGGCUGAAAUACUGAUUCAGUUUGAAAUAAACAGGGGUCUAUGGUAGGGCAGAUGCAUUGCUGAUGUAACGCCACUGGUUUCAACAGAGUGAGGCUAGCCAUGAAUUUGACCCACUGUUCUGUGCACGACACAUUAACUACGCCUGGUUACAAAUGGAACCGAUAGGGCCAAGUCCUUGGCUGGUGUAAAUUGCCACACUGCCAUUGAAGUCAAGGGAGCUGCAGCAAUUCACACCACCAGUGAAUAACGUUAUCGGGGGUGGGGGUGGGGAAUCACCAUUUUUCCAGCCAAAAAAUACAAGUCAAAAUAAUGACUGUGAGUUCUAGUCUCCCAUUACAACAACCUGGACCUCUCCACCAUGCUGGGGUCUUUUAUCUGCUGGGGAUCAGUGUCACCAUAUGGCUAACAGGAACCUAUCCAGGGGCCGGCUUCAGUUCCAAAAUCUUUAGGAUUUCAGGCUGUGAGGCAGGCAUGAGCCUGGAAGACACACCUGCCUACUAGAUAAAUACUAGUCAUAAUACUAUGAUCAAUUGUAUUGUGGUUGGGUUGGGCUCCAUAUUGAUCUGUCAAGGGGCUCCACUCUGCCACCCUUCCUUACAUGGGGGAGAACUUGAGCCAUAACUAGUCCCAUUGGAAUCACAAUUGAAACUCGUGGAGUAAGUCACUGCCCACUGUAAGAGGCGCAGAAUCGGGUCUAUUAUUCUUGUGCUAUAAACACAGUAGUGUCAUGUAUCCAUCUGACGGCUCUGCCAGAAAUCCCAUAGAUGUAUUUAAUUUGCUUUAUUUUGGACUUAUGAGAGAUCUUUGAUCAGGAUUUGUUCAAGCCCUGCCAAAGCCACUUGGGUGGGAACAUUUAUUUAAAAGCGUGUAUAUGGAUUAUCAUUUUACUGCUGUAUAGGCAACAUCAGGCAAAGUAUUUUACUUUUUCCUAAUCACAGAUGUCCCUUGAUGUGUACAAUGCUUUCAGUUUAAGCUGUCUUUCCACUUAGUUUUAAUAAAAUAUACCAGUUCCGUUCA